AUGUCUCCGCCAAUUGCCACCUUCAACGAGUUUGAUGGCUACACUGCCACCAAAGAGCUGAAGCAGGGUCCCGUGGGAAAGGUGUCCUUGACGGCGCCUAGCGAACAGAACAAAUUGCUGGAACAGUUCGGCGACAAGUGGGAUGGGUUCAAGUUUGCCCCCAUCCGCGAGUCCCAGGUCUCCCGGGCCAUGACCAGGCGCUACUUCGCCGACCUGGACCGCUAUGCCGAGUCGGACGUGGUCAUUGUCGGCGCGGGUUCCUGUGGGCUCUCCACCGCUUACACCCUCGCCAAGGCGCGGCCCGACCUCAAGAUCGCCAUCAUUGAAGCCUCGGUCAGCCCGGGCGGUGGGUGCUGGCUGGGUGGUCAGCUCUUUUCGGCCAUGGUCCUGCGCAAGCCCGCCGAGGCGUUCUUGAACGACAUCGGGGUGCCGUACGACGACGAAGGCAACUAUGUGGUGGUCAAGCACGCCGCACUCUUCAUGUCCACGCUGAUGAGCAAGGUCUUGGCCAUGCCCAACGUCAAGCUGUUCAACGCGACUUGUGUGGAAGACUUGGUCACCCGCCCGUCGGCCGAUGGGGGUGUCAGAGUGGUGGGCGUGGUCACCAACUGGACUUUGGUCACCCUGCACCAUGACAACCACAGCUGCAUGGAUCCCAACACCAUCAACGCACCACUGGUCAUCAGCACCACCGGCCACGACGGACCCUUUGGCGCCUUCUGUGCCAAACGCCUGGUGAGCAUGAACGCCAUUGAGAAGCUGGGUGGCAUGCGUGCCCUCGACAUGAACCGUGCCGAGGAUGCCAUUGUCAAGGGCACCCGCGAGGUGUCGCCGGGCCUGAUCAUGGGCGGCAUGGAGUUGAGCGAACUGGAUGGGGCCAAUCGCAUGGGACCUACCUUUGGGGCCAUGGUGUUGAGCGGCGUCAAGGCGGCAGAGGAAGCCCUGAAGGUUUUUGAGGCCAGAAAGGCCGAGUGUCUCGAGUAA